AUUACGCAGCUUCUCGAUCUUUUUUAUUUUUUUUUUAAAAACCAUUUUUACAUAACACAAUCAAUAAUACUACUACUACUAUUCUUUCUUUCUUUCGUUACUUUCAGGGGACACUUUGUUCUACUUAACAAUUUUUUUUUUUUUAAAAGAAAUCAAUGAAUUCUCCACCGGUGGACGCCAUGACGACCGGAGAAUCAUUAUCUCAGAGAUCUAUUCCGACGCCGUUUCUGACAAAAACAUAUAACCUUGUAGAAGAUAGUUCAAUCAACGACGUAAUCUCAUGGAACGAAGAUGGUUCCUCUUUCAUCGUAUGGAAUCCUACAGAUUUCGCUAAAGAUUUGCUUCCUAAACACUUCAAACACAACAAUUUCUCAAGCUUCGUUCGUCAGCUCAACACUUACGGGUUCAAAAAAGUAGUACCGGAUCGAUGGGAGUUUUCAAACGAUUACUUCAAGAGAGGAGAGAAACGUCUUCUCCGUGAGAUCCAACGUCGGAAAAUAACAACGUCUCAUCAAGCAGCAGCAGCUGUUACUACUCCUCCUUCCUCUUCGGAACAGAGACUCCAAACGACUCUUGUUGUGUCACCGUCCAACUCAGGGGAAGAUCGUAACAAUAAUAACACACAGGUGAUGUCGUCUUCUCCUCCGUCGUCUUGGUAUGUUCAGACAACGACGGGGAACAAUGGUGCAGGCUUAUCAGUUGAGUUAUUAGAAGAGAACGAGAAGCUUCGGAAUCAGAACAUUCAGCUUAACCGUGAGCUUACUCAGAUGAAAUCUGUUUGCGAUAAUAUCUUUACUCUCAUGUCUAGUUACGUCGGAUCUCACCCUGAUCGGAGUUAUUCUCCGGGAGGGGGAGGUAGCAGUAGUCAUCAACCGGUUGAGUUUUUACCGGCCAAGAAGCGGUUUUGUGAUGUUGACGGUGAAGAAGAAGAAGAAGAAGCGAGUCCGAGACUGUUUGGUGUUCCGAUAGGACUGAAACGUACGAGAAGUGAAGGACUUCAUCAGGUGAAGACGGUUUCCACGACGACGGCGCCGGUUGGGGAGAAGAAGUCCGAGGAGGAGCCGCCGUGGUUGAGAUAUUAUAAUUAUAAUCGAACCAAUCAGAGAGUUUGUAAUUAAAAAAAAAAAAAAAAAAGAAGCCAACGGUUGAGAUUUGGUGUGUAGAUAUGUGCCGCGAAGUUGAGGAUUAAAGCUUUUUUUUUUUGUUAAGACAAAUCAGAGAAGCUCGUGUCCCAUCUGUGUGUUUCAAGAAGUUUCAUCAAUCUUGACAUCUUCUUUAACACUUUGUGUUUUACUAUUUUUAUUUAAAUGAAUAAUUUUUUUUUUCUUU